AUGGAUGCAUUGAUGGAUUUGGUUCUGGAGAACGAGGUUUUUCAGGAAUGUGAUUUGGGUCAAAAAGGCUACCUGAACAGAGAGGAUCUCAAGGUUGCGGUGGUGACUGCGUAUGGAUAUAAACCUUCAAAGCUCGAGAUGGAUAUGAUGAUGGCUGAAGCCCUGGAAAAUAAUUUGCCAGGCCUGUCCAUAGAACAGUUCACGACUCUGAUGAGCAGGAAGUUGGCAGCCCAAGACCGCUACGACGAGAUACGGCAGAUCUUCUCGGCAUUUGACGCACACUGUCGUGGUUUUCUGACUUUGGACGAUUUUAAGAGGGCAUUUGCGAACGUUACACCCCAUCUGCCAGAGCAAACUGUGACUGAAGCUUUCAGGGAAGUGGAUCGAGAUUUGGAUGGCCACGUAAGCUUCAAGGACUUUGAGAUUGUCAUGCGCCAUGAAUGAAAAUCGAAUGAAACCUGGAAUGAGGCAGGAUAUUGCAGCCCUACCAGCCCCAGGGGCCUCAACACUGCUCCCUAAUGAAUGGAGACUGAUCUGGGAGAUGAAACCAUGGUCAAUCAGAAGUGUCGCUCAAAUGCAGUUUGUAUAUUUCAUGUUCUACCUCCAACUGCAGCGAUGAUUCAAUGUGCAAUGUGGUAUUUGUGUACUUCCAGAAACAUGUAGCUUUGUUGCGUUGAUUGCAAUAAACUUGUUGUUGUGUA